AUGCGGUUCACCAAGACUUUUAUCGCAAUCUUGGCUGCUAUUGGCUCUGCCAAUGCUUUCACCGGCUUUGCCACCUUCUAUAACCCCAGGCUUGCGGGGUCGUCAGUGGCGGGAACGACUUUACCGUCGCUUUAUCUCCUAGCAGGUACUCCAGCAGACAGGAAUGUGGCAGCUGGAGGGAAAUCUGUCACUGUCAGAGUUACCGACGAGUGUCCUGGCUGCAGAGGCGACGACAUAGACCUAUCCACCGCGGUGUUCACCCUGUUAGCCGAUUGGCAUGAGGGAAGGAUUGCUGUCGAGUGGGACUUUGUUUAA